CUUUUCUGGUUGUUUGUGCUCAUCUUUACCACAGUUGUCUGGCACUCUGCCCUCCACAUCAUUUACUGAAGUUUUUGGCAAGUUUGGACAUAAGCCCCGGAUACUCAAAGCUCUACAAAGGCCAGCAUGGCAUCUGGUGUGACAGUCAAUGAUGAAGUUAUCAAAGUUUUCAAUGAGAUGAAGGUGAGAAAAGCACAGUCUUCUGAAGAGAUAAAGAAAAGGAAGAAGGCUGUACUGUUCUGUCUGAGCCCUGAUAAACGUGAAAUAAUUGUGGAGGACACCAAGCAAAUAUUGGUGGGAGAUAUUGGAAAUACAGUUGAGGACCCUUAUAGGACCUUUGUCAAUCUUCUCCCACUUGACGACUGCCGAUAUGGACUCUAUGAUGCCACCUAUGAGACCAAGGAAUCCAAGAAAGAAGAUCUUGUCUUCAUCUUCUGGGCACCUGACAAUGCACCUCUAAAAAGCAAGAUGAUAUAUGCCAGUUCAAAAGAUGCAAUUAAGAAGAAGUUCACAGGUAUCAAACAUGAGUGGCAAGUGAAUGGCAUGGAUGACAUUAGAGACCGAUCCACCCUAGCAGAUAAACUAGGAGGAAAUGUAGUUACUUCAUUGGAAGGUGUUCCAUUAAAAUGAAGGCAAUACCUGUAGUUUGGAAGCAUACAAAACUCAAGUAGCAAUUCCUGUUUUGACCCUUGGAAGUGUUCAUUUCUCACAUUUCCUUUUACCUCUAUAAACUGAGUAAACCAUUUUGGUGCUUGAGUAAUUAAAAACUAACAAAUGAACAAAAGGUUUUAUUACAAUAGUUAAACUAGAUGGAACAACAAUAAGUGUUUGUUGAUACAGCCUUGAAAUUUAUCCUAGUUAAGGAUAAUAUUGUCCAUUCAUUUGGUAUCAAAAUAUUUGAACUGUAAGAUAGAAGUAUAAAUUAAACCUAUGUCUGAUGUAAAGUACAUUUCUGUGCCUUAAAGUUAAUGUUGUUUUUUAAAAUUGAAUUUGUCUGCUCCA